AAAGCACAUGAUCCAGCAGGACGGAAAAACAUUUCAUCCACUCUGUCUGUCAUUUGAGCAAAUAUAAGCAAAAGCCGAGAUGCCUGGACGGGGGAAAUUAAUCGCCGUUAUAGGGGACGAAGACACAUGCACCGGAUUCCUCCUCGGAGGGAUCGGAGAACUCAACAAAAACCGAAAACCCAAUUUCUUGGUGGUGGAAAAGGACACUAGCAUCGCAGAGAUAGAGGAGACCUUCAAGAGUUUCCUGGCUCGCAGUGACAUUGGCAUCAUCCUCAUCAACCAGUUCAUCGCAGAGAUGAUCCGUCACGCUAUAGAUGCCCACAUGGAGUCAAUCCCGGCCGUUCUGGAGAUCCCUUCAAAAGAGCAUCCAUAUGACGCCUCCAAAGACUCCAUCCUGCGACGGGCCAAGGGCAUGUUUUCAGCAGAGGACUUCCGAUAAGCCCAUACCCCCGUGGGGUCACGAUCUGGCCUGGACGGGUGUGAGAGUUAACAAAUCUUACGUCUUGAUCUCAUCCGUCUCGCUGAAUCUGGAACCCAUAUUAUAACGAUUAAAUAAUGAUGUGUUGUUAAUGUGUUGUUCUGUGAGUUUUGCCAUUCCCAAGUUUGAAGAAGAGGAAAUUGUUUGUCAGUGCUCCUAAUAAUAAUUGUAAUAUAAUAUAAUUAAUUAUAUUAUAUAUAAAAAUGGCAAAAAAGGGAUAUCUUUUGUUUUACCCCUUGUACAACAGACAUUAUAUACCACAAGAAAUUAAGUUAAAAUAAUGAAUUAUAUUGUAUUGUAUUGUAUUGUCUGUACCUUUAAUAUUUAAGUUCUUUAAUCUCAAAGCUAACAAUAUUGGACUGCAAAGCCACUGUUACCGCUUUAAUUCAGUAUCAAAUAAUUUAAAAUGCUAACUGGACAUCUUUGGAUCUCUCACAUCUGUAACUGUAAUAUGAUGUUCUAUAAAUGUGUAAUAUAAUGUGAUAUUAAUGCACAUUUUGUCAUUGUAUUGGCUGUCACUUUAAGCACUGCUAAGAGGCUAUGUGAUGUGAUGUAUUGAAUGUGCUAACUUAUGUCUUCAGAACUGUGACUUGCAGUUUAUUAAAAUAAAUGGAGUCUGACACUUUU